AUGAAGAAGACCCAAAGCUUACGAAUAUCGAAUAGGGAAAAAAAGUCCAAUUAUACAUUUUCCACGUAUCCCAUAAGACCAAAAACCAGCAAACGAAAAAUUGAUAAUAACAUCAAAGAAAAGUUGUUUCAAGCCAAAAUUCAAACUUAUAAAGCUAAACAAAAAGCACUACUAGACAAUAUCAAAGAAUUGAUCAAAGCGUACAAAAAAUGUAUUAAAACGUCUAAUCAAAGUUCUCAGCCAAAAAGCAAAUAUUUUGAAGAUAUUGAGCUAGUGGUGGUUCGGAUCGUGGACGAGGCGUUCGGGUCUCGAGCGCAGGUGCACGACAGAAUUGAUGAGGAAACGGUCGAAGGGCGGAAAGAGUCAACUUUUUCGAUGCUCGAGGUGAGUGACAUCCGGGUGUGGGACAGUCGGUCGCCGGACGACGAGGUGCUGAAAUCGAUUGCCGAGAGGUUGUUGAUCGUGCACGGGCGGCUUCGGGCGGAGACGCGUCGGCUGGCCGCGGACAGGGAACGACUGCGCUCGUUGAUCGCGCAGUCGGCGUCCAGCGCAGAACUGGCCCGGGCGUUGGACGGUGACCUACAGGCCACGGGUGUACCGACCGCCGUCUUGCAGAAACGCGACCUGGUCGAGAUCAUGACGCGCGUCCGGGACGCCUUGUCGGCGAACCAUGGACACAUGCCGUCCGUGGCCGGAAACUCGUGUUGCGGUCGGCGGCUGCAUAGCGCGAUGGCAACGCAAGAGUUGCGCGAGCUCCGGACGCGGCUGGCGGUGGUCAAGGACAGGUUGAGGGCGGCUGAAAAGGACAAACGUGAUCUACUAGGUAUCGUGGAGAGAAGCCGAUCGGACCCGACCACGGUUGAGUCACUCCGGGCCGUACUCGGCAAAGAGAAAGAGAAGAAUAAUCACUUGCAAUCGGUCGUCGACGACAUGUUUAUCGCCGUCAGCAGAGAUGCGUGA